AUGAACGGGGUGGAUGAAGAAACGGUUGAAAUAGCAACAGCACAUGGUAAUAAGCCGACAACAAACGGUGUACAACGAAUAUUAGUUGAUCCGGAUAGACCAUCGACAGCUUAUACUAAUUAUACUGAACAGUUAUGCCGGAGAACAAAUCUCCUAGGAAUUAGUGAACAUGAUUCAGCUAUAUCAGGUACAUAUACUGACCUGAACAAUGGUUAUCAUCGAACUUCAGGUGCUGCAGUACCACGUUCUGUUUCGCCUAAUAUUUGUUCCAGGACAAGUGGUGAAAUGGAUGAAGUAACACGUUGUAUGUCGCCUUUACCAGGAAAUAUUUUGCGUAAAUUACGUACGAACACAUAUGAAUCGGUUAUCAAACCAUGUAAGCCACGAUUAUUUUGCUUCUAUAUGGAACAGCAUGUGGAACGCUUAAUACAGCAGUAUAAGGAGCGGCAACAACGUGCACGACAGCUUGCUAAAGAAAUGGAAUGUGCGGAUUUGCCGGAAAGUAUGCGUGAACAUAUGAUGAUAUUUCUAACACAAAAAGAAUCACGUUAUUUACGAUUGAAACGGCAAAAAAUGAACAAAGAUAUGUUUGAAGUAGUGAAACAUAUUGGUUUCGGUGCAUUUGGUCGUGUAUCAUUAGUUAAAAAGAAGGAUACUGGUCAAGUAUAUGCGAUGAAAAAAUUACUAAAGAAAGAUGUAAUUAUGAAACAGCAAGCAGCACACGUAAAAGCUGAACGUGAUAUCCUUGCAGAAGCUGAUAGCAAUUGGAUCGUCAAACUUUAUUACUCAUUUCAGGAUGAACAAUCUUUGUAUCUUAUCAUGGAAUAUGUUCCGGGUGGUGAUAUGAUGCAACUUCUUAUUAACAAGGGACUGUUUGACGAAAAACUUGCUAGAUUUUACAUUGCUGAAUUAACAUGUGCCAUUGAAUAUGUUCACAGCCUUGGUUUCAUUCAUCGUGACAUUAAGCCAGAUAAUAUAUUGAUUGAUCAGAAUGGUCAUAUUAAAUUGACCGAUUUUGGUUUAUGUACGGGUUUACGAUGGACGCAUGAUAAACGAUAUUAUGGACCUGAUAAUGAUGAGGUAGAAAAUACGGAAGCACGGAAGAGUUAUUUGGCUUCGCAUCCAGAUCUAUCAGGAAUAGGUCGACCAAAAGUGCUAGAAAUUAGAAAUCAUUGCAAACGAAAUCAAUCACAUUCAUUAGUAGGAACCGAUAAUUACAUGGCACCAGAACUUUGUGAUUGGUGGUCGGUAGGAGUUAUUUUAUACGAAAUGGUUUUCGGUAGACCACCAUUUCUUUCGGAAGAUCGUUAUGAGACGCAGUAUAAGAUUGUAAAAUGGCGGCAAUAUCUGGAUUUAAAUAAUCGUAUUGGUGAAAAAUUAUCGCUAGAAUGUAUUGAUGUAAUUCGGAAAUUAUGUUGUGAACAAGAAGAUAGACUUGGUUGUAAAAAUGGUGCGGAAGAUCUUAAAAUUCAUCCAUGGUUUAAGGGUAUCGAUUUUUCAACGUUACGCUCCACACGUGGCGAAUACGUUCCACGUGUUGAACAUGCUGAAGAUACAUCAAAUUUCGACACAUUUGAAUUUGAUUCCUCCGAUCAAUCGUUCGACACAGUGGCAAAGCGUGCUAGCGCUUCAGCAGCAUUCAAU